AUGCCGAAAAGCGCGAUGUCCGUGCCGGGGUUCUUCCCGUAUUUCGGGUACAUGCUUAAGGAUGUCGGCAGCCGCCUCUCUAUGAUCUCGCAUUACAUGCGGACGAAGCGCCACCCUUACCCGAUGAUGCGGCACCAGAACAUCCGCGCCUACCGCGGCAUGUUGCCCUGGACACAGGACGCCUGCUUCAUUGCGCCGAGCGCGUUUGUUGUGGGCAACGUGGUGCUCGGCCACGACACGGUCAUCUUCUACCACUCGGUGCUGCGCAACUACCACACGAAAGACGCCACCAUCCUCGGCGAUCACACGGUCGUCAUGGACCGCGCGACGCUGAUGGGGCAGAUCCGCGUCGGGCAGGGCACGUACAUCGGUGCUGGCGCCACCCUAGACUGCUGUGAGGUGCACGACAACGUGUACAUCGGCCCUGGAGCCUCCAUCGCGCUCGGCGCCGUCGUCGAGAACAGCGGGAUUGUUGCCGCCGGCUCGGCGGUGCCAAAGGAUGCGCGGGUGUACGCAGGGGAGCUGUGGGCGGGCAAUCCUGCGCAGAAGAUCGCAGAUGUCAGCCCGGCCCAGUCAAGCGAGGUGCAGCACAUCGUGCAUGACCAGAUCCAGGUGGGCAAGGCGCAUCUCAAGGCGAUCCGCGACCACAUCGAACACACGAAGGAGCUCGACGUGAACUGGCUGAAGGAGGCUGUUGCGAUGAUGGAGGCGCAGCAGCAGCAGAUGUCGAUCAAGCUGCCGAUGGAUGUCCCGCUGGAGGCGCGGCGGUUCCUGCAGCCGCGUGUGCACAUGCGCCGCCCAGAGAUGCACAUGCGCAUGUCCUACCCGGUCAACCGCACCGCGCCGUGGAUGCCAAAGUCUGGUGACCAGACCGCGAACGUGUAA